CUUCCUCUCACUCUGUUUCAGUGUUCACCAGUGUCUCCUCCUGGCUUCCAGUUACAAAUGAGCAGCGAAGAACAUCAUCGGUGGGGAACGGCUGGUCCUUUAGCAGCGGGGGAAGAAGGAGAAGGACAUUUUGAGAGCUCGGUGAAUGCAGUGCCGUUUUGUUUGGUGGCGACCGCAGUUUUAAUCUUCAUCUUCCUCUUACUGGCUCUUUUUGAGAGGCUCAUGUUCAUUCGAGCAACUCCAUCAACACCCUUCGAUCCAAAGCUUCCUCCUUUUGCUUCACCUAAGAUUGGUGUGUGUGAGAGGGAAAUAUCAGUGUUGAUGCCUGGAGAAAAGGUUCCAACCUUCAUUGCUCAGCCAUGUCCUCCCUUACCACCAUCAAGAUCAUUCUAAUACCUCUUUGAUUUCAGUUUUUUACCAUUUAGGACUUUUAUUUCUCUUUAUGAAAAAGAGAGACAAAUCUUUUUAUGUAGUCGAGUGUUGUUAUAACAGAACAGUGUUCUCUGUCUGCCUGCUCAUCACGGAGCAAAAGAGCAGCAAUCUCCAU